AGGACCUGCUACUUGCGGAACAAACUCCCUUUAACUUUUACCGGUUACGGCAUUUUCGCGGCAGGUAUGAAGAGACCUCUGAGUCCGACCCACCUCCUGGAGAAUGGACGGAUAUGCCUUCCCUUCGGCGGCUGCGGGGACCUGAAGGAGCCCGCUAACGGGCAUGCGGACCUGGGGCGGCACCAGGAGAAGAAGAAGCUGCUCUUCUCCCUGUGUGAGGUCUGCAACAUCCAGCUCAACUCCGCCGCCCAGGCCCAGGUGCACUACAACGGCAAGUCUCACCUGAAGAGGGUCAAGCAGCUCAACAACGGAGAGGUCCCGGCGGCUGGCGGGUGCAGCGCCCCCCUCAGCAGCGGAGGCUCAGGAAGUUCAUGCCAUAGCGCCCCACUCCCUGCUGCUGUGAGAAGCCCGUCCGUGAUGAUGCAGUCCACCCUGGAUGUGAAGCCCUUCAUGUCGUUUCCGGUGGACGCCGCGUCUCCAGUGGGCCUCUUCCCAAACUUCAACACGAUGGACCCCGUGCAGAAAGCCGUGAUCAACCACACUUUCGGAGUCUCCAUCCCUCCGAAGAAGAAGCAAGUCAUUUCCUGCAACAUCUGUCAGCUGCGCUUCAAUUCAGAUAGCCAAGCCGAGGCACACUACAAAGGCAGCAGACACGCCAAGAAGCUGAAAGCGCAGGAGACGAAAAAUAAGCAGAAAAGCGCUCCUACCAAGGACAGCGCAAAGCCAGUCAGCGCCUCCACCGCGGUCACUGCCUGCAGCUCUGACCAAACAGACAAAAGCGGGACGUCUCCGAACCAGCUCACAGCCCCCGCCCCCCCCAAGGUGUUUGUCCCCGUGGCUGUGGCGGUGGUUCCCAGCCUCUGCAAGGCCCCGACGGAGCCCCUGGCCGCCAGCCCCCCCAGCGAGGCCGGGGUGCAGGGCCGGGCCCUGAAGAACGGCCUGAAACCUGCCCCCGCUCCCGCGCCGGCCCCAGAGCCACCCGCAGACACUGAGUCAGAGGAGGAGAAGGCCAAGAAGCUGCUCUACUGCUCCCUAUGCAAAGUGGCUGUCAACUCGCUGUCACAGCUGGAGGCCCACAACACAGGUUCAAAGCACAAAACGAUGCUCGAGGCUCGAAACGGGGCGGGUCCGAUCAAGGCGUACCCCAGACCCGGAUCCAAGCUAAAAGUUCAAGCCACAGCCACCAAGGGAUCGGGCUUACAGAACAAGACUUUCCAUUGCGAAAUAUGUGAUGUCCAUGUCAAUUCAGAGAUUCAGCUCAAACAGCACAUUUCCAGCAGAAGGCACAAGGACAGGGUUGCUGGGAAACCCUUGAAGCCCAAAUACUGCCCCUACAACAAGCAGCAGCGAAGCUCCACGGCCCUGGCAGCUAAACUGGCGUUCCAGAAGGAGCUGGUGAAGCCGCUGUCGCCGCCGUUCAUCUCGAGCCCGUUCUCCGCGGCGACGGUGCCCUCCAUCUCGCUCCACCCGCGGCCCAGCGCCUCCAUCUUCCAGACCGCCGCUCUGCCGCCCUCCUUCCUGCGUGCCGCUCCGGGCCCCAUGCGGCCGGCGGCCGGGUCCAUCCUGUUUGCCCCGUAUUGACCCCUCCCCCUCCGCUGCCACGGAGAAACACCAGCAGCCAGCAGCUAUGGUGGCAGGAGCCCCGGCCGGGGUGGGGGCGUCCCCGUCUGCCGCGCCUGGGGGGAUCCCGUCCAAGAGACGCUAUCGUCCACGCUCGAACGGUGUGACCACGACGCUCGAACAGACUGCCGUGUGUAUCAAACCCCGCCCACCCUCGGUGUCACCCCAGCGGAUUGGCCGAGGGCUUGUACAGCAGACGGACGGUGGGCAAAAGGCAUCAAACUCGCUUCCUGACCGACUUGAAUUCCCGUGGUCUUCCUUACCGACGAAAACGGACAACUCCAGCUCCGGACGAACUGCAGCGCCGUACGCGUCUCCGAGCAAAGGACACACACACCCGGUUUUACUCAAGUCUCCAUGUCGUCAGGGACUCUGUCGUGCUUUGCUGGCCUUAGUGCUGUGGCGUGCUGUGCGGUCAAUCAGCCAUUUCACAACUGAUUUAAUGCUUACUUUAUUUCUGUUUAAGAGUCGGGAUACUCAGUCUGAUCUGGCGUUACACAGUUCUGUUUUUGUCAUGCACUAAACUCUGUUCCAAAGACGGCAGCCUGGAUAGCCAUACUAAAUCAUCUCUACACACCUGCGUUUUCAUCGUCUUCAUCCGAAGGAGGAUUCGAGGGGUUCUCUCACCAGUUUGGUUUUUGUUUUGUUUUUUGUUUUUUUUUUUUCAAAGAAAAAUUUGCUUUGCAUACGUACCAUUAAUCUUGCCUGUUUUCUGGCAGGGAAACCAUGGGCCUUUCACUUCUGUGUAAUAUCGUUCAUUUGUAAUGGUGCUGCUGCGUUAUGCCGCAGGCCUUUGUUGCAAUAAUGUACAGAGCAUAAGAUAUUUAUAUUCAAAAAAAUAUAUAUUCAAUGUUUACCUUAAGAGUGGCAAUACCAAUCGUAUUGUAUAGAGAGGAGUAUAGACAUAGUACCUAGAUGCAAUUAUUUGUAUUUUUAGAACCUUCAAAAAGCAAUCCAUAGCAAGAAUGGCAAAAAGAUGUUGUUCACUAGACUGUGGGGUACAUGUUUAGUGCAUAGUGUGUAUGUAUGAGAGAAAAGUCUGUAAAUGAGAAAUUUCCCUUACAAUAAAGUACAUUUUAAUUAUCUGUUCUCAUAUUACUGUACACACUAAUUUUUAAUUUCGACCAUGUCCAAACGUAUAAACUCCUAUUUGUACAGAGCU